AUGGAAGAGGGCUCUGAAGGCCAACCCCCCGGCGGUGCAGGCACCAACGAGGAAGUGCAGUCGGAGGAUGGGUCUGACUGGGAGAGCGACUUCGGCGACGGUGAUUCAACUGAGAGCGAUGAUGACGACAGCGCCGUCGACGAGAACGAUUUCAACACAGCCUUGGAGUUCUUCCGCUUCGUCAUCGGAUGCAAUGGCGGCCAAGGACUUAGCGACGAGGCCACGGUCUGGCUUUUCAAGCUCCUGCGCGACCCCCGCCUGGAUCUGGAGGCUAUUCGCCGCUGGCGUACCAAACACGCCGUCCUUCAGUACGGACUUCGCCUCAUGAUGGCGAGGCGGGUGUACAGGCAGGUGGAAGUGCGCAUCCCAGGGAUCGACCACACAUUCGAGCUGAUGUGUACCAGCCCUAUCGAGGGAGUCGUGGAGAUAUUCGGCCACCGUGACAAUGCAGAUGGCUUCCAGCUGUUUGCCCGUCCGGUACACUCGGUGGCGGGACGCGUGUACACAAGGCCGGAGACUGGUCUUCUGUGGGAAGCCGCACAGGUGGUGGCCCCCAUCAUACUUUCAAGUGAUGCUACGAUUCUCAGCGGGAACGAGCGCGUGAAGGUUUGGGCGGUUUACCUAAGCAUCGCCAACAUCCACCUCCGUCUCCGUUGGGGUGAUUCGGGGAAGAUUCUGCUUGCACUACUCCCAAUGCCUGUCCAUGGAAUGACGGUCGAGCAGAAGGUGCAGCUCUUUCAAGCUGCGAUGCAGGUGGUCCUCGCUGACCUGAUUGCCGCAUCACACACGGGGAUUGCGGCCCGCGAUCCAUGGGGGGUGGACCGGGUCAUAUGGCCUCUGCUCUUCUCGUACGUAGCGGACUUCCCAGAAACCUGCAAGGUUUCGUGCACUCAGCAGCAUGGCAGUCAUAUGCCAUGCUCCCUGUGCUACGUGGAUAGGGGGCAGCUCAGGAACAUGACGGCAGCUGCAUCGGAGUCGCGCUCUGUGGACCAGCAAUCGUCACUGGAUUACCAAUCCUCGGCUGGCCAGGACCCCUUGCCCUGUGGGUACUUGCUCUGUCCGCCCUUGCCUCUGUCCGCCCUUGCCACUGUCCGCCCUUGCCUCUGUCCGCCCUUGCCACUGUCCGCCCUUUGCCUCUGUCCGCCCUUGCCUCUGUCCGCCCUUGCCUCUGUCCGCCCUUGCCUCUGUCCGCCCCUUGCCUCUUCCCGCCCUUGCCCUGUGGGUACUUGCUCUGUCCGCCCUUGCCUCUGUCCGCCCCUUGCCUCUUCCCGCCCUUGCCCUGUGGGUACUUGCCUCUGUCCGCCCUUUGCCUCUGCCCGCCCCUUGCCUCUUCCCGCCCUUGCCCUGCGUCAGAAUGCACUACACCCAGGCGCCAGGCAGGUGGGACUGCUAACUCCUGGAGACGCGAGCUACUGGGUCUCUGGUGCCAACUUCACCGCGUCGGAGCAUGCCGCUGUCAUGAUGGUGCGCCCUUACCUUCUAGUUUAUGCUCUUGUACGAGUGCCCAAUGCACGUGACGGUUGUCAGAUGGCAUUUGCUGACUACGCGCUUCCUGUGUGGCAGAUUGUACCAUUCGUGCUGGAGGGGGAAGUUGCGGUCAUUUGUAGCCGCACGAUUGUCGCCUUUCUGGACUGGCACGAGACUUUCGUGCGGGCUGCGGAGCACACGGAUGAGAGUCUGAGUGCAUUCGACACUGCCACUCGCAGGAUGGUGCAGUUGGUGGAAAGCACCUUUCCACGCGAGCACUCUGGGUGGAACCUUGUGAAGGUGCACCUGCUGCUUCACCUUACUGAGGCGAUUCGAAGGGGGGGCCUGCCACGAGAGUACUCCGCGGCGGUGUACGAGAACGCACACAUCCGCACCUGCAAGAGGCCGUACCGACGGUCCAACCUUCGGGACGUGGGGCGUGUGAUUGCGCAGCACAACACCAACGCUGCUCUACUGACCCGUAUCCCAACCAACCUCGAGGGCAACCGCCAGUACAACACCGCGAGGCGCCGGGCAAUCGCCAGUGGGCUGCCCCAGCUGUGCCGCCAGCGAUCCAGGAUGCACAGCGCGAUCACGGACAGGGAGCAGGCUCCCCUGGACCUGUACGCGACGUACGAUGCCGCAAUCCCGGGAGGCAUUGGGCCAUACGCCUACUUGACGCGCCUCUUUGGCUACGUCUCUUUUCCGGCGUGGGUCCACAUGGCGCUGGCUCUACCAGCCCGCGGGACGGACCACGGCCUGAUCAGGCCACACUAUGUCCGCGCCAACCCCCCUCACCACGGUGCUGCCACAUUCUCGUUCAUUGAGUACGAGGAUGGGACUGGGGAGACCGUGGUCGGCCGCGUGCACCUGCUCCUGACGCUGAUGAUGAACAGCGAGGAUGCACACCCCGCGGGAGAGGCCGUGGCCUUCGUGAGGCAAUGGUACCCCUCCCUGGAGGACGAGUGCACUGGCUGCAUGAGGAUGCGGCCAUCUGAUGACGAGCUGAGCUACGACCUUGUGCCGGUCGCCUCCGUGCAGAGGACCGUGCACAUGGUGGAGUCAUUUGUGACGCCUGGCCUCUGGUAUCUUAACAGGUGGGCUGGCCGAUGCCGCGAGGAGUUGCCCUAA